ACGAAUGAUAGAACGAAAGAUGCAUAAUUGCAGAUGGCGGACGAUAGUAAAAGACGAUAGGACGCGUAUAGUAAAAAUAAAAGUGUUAAGUAGUUUUCAAAGUGAUUUCUUUAAGCAAAUCCAACAAACUAUUUUGGGGGCUCGUCCGGGAUUGGUCAAAGAACAGGCGCGACGAAAAAAGACGUACGUUGGCCGAUUUACGGUAAAUACGUCGCGAUCGGAGCGGGUGACCACAAGCUGCGCGGCGCACGAGUAGAAAAAUUACGUCGUAAGGCCCGAAUAGACGAAAAGAAGACGUGAUAAGACGAAAAGACGGACGAAGACGACAUAUUAGUACGAAAAACGAGUUUCUACAAGAGUGAUUACGAAGAUAUGGACGGAGAAAAAAUAGGAGACGCCUCGCAAGCCGCAUCACCAUUCGCCAUGUUUUAUCGUUUUGAGGGGAGUAUAUCUCAACUUAAUGGCGAAGAUAAAUCAUAUAGGUACGUCCACCAAGUGGGCGCAGGAUAUAGAAGACAAUGCGGAAAUUUUUAAUUGGACGCCCCAACAAAAACUAAUAAUAGCACGUAGAACGCUGUAUGGUACGGCUGGCCUAUGGCUCAAGUCUGAAAAGGUGGUUCAAACUUUCGAAGAAUUAAAAAAAGACGCCGUGCAAAGAGAGUUCCCCGAAACUAUUAAUAGCAAAGAAAUGCCCCAGCUAAUGUCAUCAAAAAAAAAAGAAAACCGAAAAUUAUUAUCAAUACAUGCUUGUUAUGAAGGAGUUGGGAAAAAGAGCAAAAUUUCCAGAUUACGUAGCUAUUCAAUAUAUAAUCGACGGUAUAGAAGAUUGUCAAACGAAUAAAAUAGUGUUAUAUGGUGUUACAACAUAUCCCGCUUUAAAAGGAGCGGUGAAGCAACCUGAAGCGAGUCCAGCGCAAAUUCGCGCGACUAGCAGCGCCACGGUGGAGCCGGGAGGAAAAUAUCAAUCGGCUAUGUUCGGGUCGGUCGGCGGAGCAGCGGAAUGUACGAGCGGCGGCGGCCAUGUUGAACACGCACCUUUACAGCUAAAACUUGUACUAAAAGACGAUGUGCCUGUCGCUCAACGGCCGAGGAAGUUAUCCCAUAUGGAGCAAUGUAUUGUUGAAAAACAAAUUGACGAAGGACUAUAAAGGUACGUUUCUCUGAAUACUCCAGCCCGCUAGUAUUAGUGAAGAAAAAGGACGGCAAUGUCAGAGUGUGUGUGGAUUACAGGCAGCUUAAUGCAAAAAUAGUUAAAGAUGCAUAUCCACUUCCUAUUAUCGAUGACCUCAUAGAUAGGUUAUCCCAGGCUAAGAUUUUCAGUGUAUUAGAUUUGAAAAAUGGUUUCUUUCAUUUGAAGAUUAGUGAGGAGUCUAUUCCUUACACUUCGUCCGUUUCUAAUCAAGGACAGUAUUUGGCCUAUCAAUUAGUCUCAAAUAUUUCAUGAGGUUUGUUAAUGUCAUCUUCCGGGAGCUGCUAGCACAGAAGAUAAUGAUGAUAUUUAUUGAUGAUAUUAUAAUUCCAGCAGUAAACGAGGAACAAGCAAUGCUGCGCCUUAAGCAAGUUUUGGAAGUCGCUUCACGAUAUAGGUUAAGGAUUAAUUGGAAGAAAGCAAAGUUAUUACAGUCUGAGAUAGAAUACUUGGGCCAUACUAUCAAGAAGGUUGAAGUACGACCAACUACAGAGAAAACAGAUGCAGUUAUGAAAUUUCCUGUACCUAAAACAAGUAAGAAACUGAAAAGUUUCUUAGGUCUAACUUCCUACUUCAGGAAAUAAAUUGAGCACUAUGCAACUAUUGCAAAGCUACUUAAUAAUUUGUUAAAGAAAGAUGUAAUUUUUGUGUUUGAUAAGCAACAAAAGGAGGCUUUUUGUCUGUUAAAAGAAAAGUUGUGUUCAGGUCCAAUCUUAAAAUAUUUGAUUUUAAUCUUAAAACUGAACUGCAUACAGAUGCAUCAAGUAUUGCGAUAUCAGCUGUUCUCAUGCAGUUUCAUCCCAACACUGGUUUACACCCAGUGCAAUAUAUGAGCCGUAAGACAAAUGAAGAACAAAGCAAGCUCUCAAGCUAUGAUCUGGAAGCUAUGGCUGUCGUAGAAGGUGUUAGAAAGUUACGCCAUUAUUUAUAUGGAAAACAUUUUAAGAUAGUAACCGAUUGUAAAGCUUUUCAGCAAACCCUGCGGAAGAAAGAACUCUCUGCAAAAGUAGCAAGAUGGGUACUCCUGCUGAAUGCAUAUGACUUCGAAAUAGAGCACAGAGCAGGAGAGAAAAUGCGUCAUGCCAAUGCACUUGGCAGAUAUACAUGGGUGAAUACAGUUACAUCCUUACGCGAUCAGAUUAAGCAAACACAAGACCAGGAUGACGGCAUAAAAGCUAUUAAGGAGAUACUCGAGGAAAAUUCAUACAAAGAUUAUUCGGCAGAAGGAGACAUUCUCUACAAGGGAGUUGGAAAAUUGUUAGUCAUACCUAAACAAUUAGAAAAGGAGAUAAUAUCACGAGUCCAUAGUAAUGGAAAUUUUUCAAAAAGAAAGAUGAAGGAAUUAAUUUGUCAAGAUACUAUAUAAAUGAUGUUGAUAAAAAAAUAGAAGAGUUUAUAAGAUCGUGUAUACCAUGUUUAUUGGCUACGAGGAAAGAAGGCAAACAGGAAGGAUUUCUAAAGCCUAUAGGCAAAAAAAGUUCUCCAUUGGAUACUUUAAAUGUUGAUCAUGUUGGUCCUCUGACUGAAACUCGAAAGCAGUAUAAUUAUAUUCUCACUGUGAUUAACGCCUUCACGAAGUUUGUCUGGUUGUUCCCUACAAAGAGUACAUCAAGUGCAGAAACCAUCAACAAGUUGAAAAUACAUCAGCAAACCUUCGGAAAUCCCAGGAGGCUCGUGAUCGCCACACUGCUUUUACAAGUCAUGAGUUUCAUGAAUACUGUAAAGAAGAAAAUAUUCAGCAUAUCACUAUCACUACUGGUGUCCCUUGAGGAAAUGGACAGCUGGAGCGUAUUCACAGAAUAAUAAUUCCCAUGUUGACCAAACUUUGUAUUGAAAACACAGGUGUGUGGUACAAGCGUGUUAGUAGAGUUCAGAGAGCAUUGCAACAGCAUCUUUCAAAGAAGCAUUAAUACCACACCCUUCAACCUAUUAAUAGGUAACAAGAUGAGGUGCAAGGACGAUCUUGAAAUUUUAAAAUUAUUAGAGGAGGAAGCCGCUAACCAGUAUGAUAGCAACAGAGAAGAGUUACGCCAGAAAGCUAAGGAGCAAAUUGUAGAAAAAAAAAAUAUUUCUAUUCAAGAAGAAGAAGAAAAUAGAAAAUACUAUAAUAAACGUAGAAAGCAAAGUUUGAAGUAUUAGAUAGGUGAUUUUGUAGCAAUUAAAAGGACUCAGUUUGGUAAAGGACUUAAGCUCAAGGCGAAGUACCUAGGUCCCUAUCGUAUAACCAAAGUAAACUUAAAUGGCCGCUAUAACAUGGAAAAGGUAGGCAGUUCCAAUAAAGGUCCGAACUGUACUUCAAACUCGGCUGAUCAAAUGAAAAAAUGGCCUGAGCUAUAAUGAGGUGAGUAUGCAGUAUGACAGUGAUGUAUUAAUGGAUGAGGUAUGAAAUGAGUUAGGAAUUCUAAAUUAAUAUUAAAGUAAAAUCGCAUUGAAUUAAGAUCAGUGAAAAAAACAACGCGAGUGACACUGACAAGUAAAAAAAACUAAUGUAAAUUCACGAAAAUAUAA